ACAAAAUACACAGUCAAAAAUAUUCAACAGAACUAGGCCACUUCCAUGAUAAGAUUCUGUGCUAAGCUUAACUAAUACGAGAAGAAGCUGCAAGAAAUCAUUAAAAAAAAAAACCCCCAAAAAUAAUACAACAAACAAUAUUAAAUAUGUGCAUGUGUAUAUGUAUAUGUGUGUAUAGUAUAUGCUUUUUGAUACCCCAUAAAGGACAUUAGUUAGACAAAAGAGAGAAAAUAUGCAUAGCAAAUUUUACAAAUAACCCAGGCAGCUUGAAAAAUACUCGAAUUAUUUUGUUAUACUCCCGAGAAUAAACAAAACCAAACCAAACCAAACACAGCUCCAGCUACAAGGAGGACGACAUGGAAUGAGAUGAGUUGAUUUUGAUGUUAAUGAUGAGGAUGACGAUAACGAUAACGAUGUUGUUGAUGGAUACACACAGACAAUACGCCCAAAAGUAUGCAAUUUGAUUGUGGACAGAGAAUAUUUUUUAAAUGUUUAUAAGCAGAGAGUGGAAAUAUUUGUGAAACAUAUUUUAAUAGACACUGAAACAAAAGAGAGAAAACCAAAGAUAAAACUGAAGACAAAAUACAAAACCUAGACAGCGAUAACAAAUUUUUUGAAACAUAUUUUUUGAUAUACAAAAACAAAACAGAAAGAGACGGUACGGAAAAGUGAACACUGCGAAUAUGCACAAAACAUAUAUCUUUUGGAUAACCCUAGCCUAAGUUGAAGUUGAAACAAUAUUUUCAGUUAGGUCUUAACAUAUUAUGUAUAUUUUGAUGGUUUCACCACAAUUUUUUUGAGCCGUUUCGAAUACCGUUCGGUUAAAGCGUAAGCCAGUAAUCCAGAGUACAAUCAUUUAUGUCAAACAGGACACCAAAACACACACCACACAUUGGCACCACACUUCUCAGACGGGGAUCCAUACGGGGUACGGCAGCAAGUGUCAUCUUUACAGGGAUAGACAAACGAGAAACAAACCAAACCAAAGAAAACCAAAAAAAAAACCGAACAAUUUUUUGCUAACAAUUUUUGUGAAAUUCAUUUACGAACCGCUUUAUAUCAGGAGUUGGAAACAAAGUAUUUACAGAUCUAAAAUCAGAAGAGUACUAGAAAUAUCUGCAGUUGGGGCGGGACUCUAAAAAGAACUAAGCAAAGAGAAAGUGCAUCCAGCAUCCAGCAACCAGAGUGAAUGUCAAUGAGGAGCAACAGUAAACAGUAAAGUGAGGUGAUAAUAUCAAAAAGGGGUUACAACAAGGGGAAAUCAAAGGUUAGUAGCACACGGACUCACAUCAAGUUUUGGGCCCGGCUUAAGUCCAACAUUACAUACAUAUAUCAGCUAUAGAGUAGAGAGAAGCGACCAAAGACUGGUUGCGACCGAACAAACGAACAAAAAACAACAACACAUAUAAGCCACUCGAAAGAACCGAAUGUUAAAGCGAUUCAGAGCCACUAGCGUAGUUUGUAACUAGAGGUACAACACCACCCGAUCCUAGCCCUGUCCCUUUCCCUGUCUGUCCAUCGCCCACAACCAUGUAUGCAGCUGCUGGUGGCGCUUCGCUGGCCUCGCGCCAAGCGCGUCAGAAGCAGCGCCAGGAGAAGAAAAAUAAAAUACUACAAGCGAAACUACAUCCACCGAAAGCGCCCGGGGCUGUGGGGCUGGAUGCCGGCGAUCUUGCCGGCGGUGCCUCCACCCCCACCCGCAGCGCGUCGCGCCAGUUCCACCACCUGCCGACGACCUACCUGCGCGCCCCGCAGGCUUUGGGGCGCAAACUGAGCGCCACCUAUACGACGCAAUCGAAGCUCCUACUGCCAAUCGACGAGGGCGACACCCAGUCGGUGCUCCAGCUGCGCAUGCACUCCCACUCGCACGCGCAUCCGCACGCUCACUCUCACGGGCCGCUGGCCCACGGCCACGCGCAUGCGCACAGCCAUCUGCAGCCUAGCCACCUGCUGGGGGCGGCCGCCAUCACACCGGGACCGCCGCAGACUCCUUACCAGCAGUUCGCCUCGUCGCACGGACGCGUCUCACCGAAAUUGGUGCAUCGGCACUCGGGCAGCAGUGCCGGGUUCCAUCCGGCGGCAGCUGCAGCGGCCGCUGGACAGCUGCACAAAUCUGCCACGGCCACUCUGCCGCUUGUCUCGCAUAUGGAUAUGGAUAUGGAGGCGGCGUUGCCAUCGGCUGUGGUCGGCGUUAAAACGACAGCCACGCCUACGUCUCCUCCCUUAGCCAGUACUUCGGCGGCCGCGGCAGCGGCAUCGGCCGGUGCUGCGAUAGAGGUAGAGUUGGCUGGCGCCGCAGCCAUGUUUGUACCCCACCAUGAUGCCAUCAUUGUAACGCCGGCCACGCCCAUGGCCUCGCCGGGCCACGUGACCAAGCUGCGUCGUCCCGGGCCAGAGGAGGAGGUGCCCGAAACGGCUGCUGAGAGGCAACCGCUCACUGCCGGCGAGGCCUACGACGAGGACGAGCCCAUGCAUCCGCCGCCCGGACAGCUCGAGCGCAAGUGCAGCGUAUACCGCAUGCGUCGGAGCGAUGCCUUCGAGGAUGGCGACGGCGACGGCGGCGUCACCGGAGGCCUGAAGCGCCAGCUCCGGGAGCUCCAGUUCAGUACGGGUGUCCAGCAGACCCAGUACGAGCCCCUGCUCACCGACGAGCCCCAGCUGCUGUUCAAGGGUCUCGGCAAUGGCCGCAAGUGGCAGAUCUGCGCCUACUGCGAGGAGGGCAUCUGUGUGUGCGAGCACCUCGAGUGCGCCCAGGGACGAGCCGCAUGGUUGGAGCGCGGCCGACGCUGCAGUGUCCAGGAUCAGCAGCAACAGCAGGCCACCCUAUCCCGUCGCUGGGUGAAGCGCAACCGAAUUCAGGACGCCUCUUUGGGUGGCUCCUCGGACGAUGAAGAUUUCCUGGGCGUUCUGCGCGGCCCCAGCACCUUCGCGAAUGCCUUCCUCUACGUGGGACUGGGCACAGUGGCGCUGGGAUUGGUCAUAGCAUUCGUUGGAACCGGCGAGAAGGGCUUCAAAACUGUGGAACUAAGACUUAUAGGGCCCUCCCUCAUAGGGAUUGGCCUGAUCUGUUGCAUUUUACGCAUCCUCUUCUGCAUCUGUCCAUCGCACUGCAUCUCAUCCAGCAAGAAGGCGCGCAAGAAAAACGGCAACAAGAUCGAUGCGGAUCACACAACGUCGCUGCUCAGGAACGAGAGCAAGCGGGUGUCAAUUGCCCGUGGAACCAGUGUUCAGCCCAAAUAUCCUAUAGCCCACAAGCGCAGCCAGAGCAAAAUGCUCAAUGAGGGAAUGGAGGCACUGCGCCAGAUAGCCACCACAUCGCUGUUCAUGCAAAACGAUCAAAAGACGGCCAUCAAUCGCGUGGUGCCCAUUAUCAACGAGCCGGACAGUGGCGAUGCCCCACUGGAAAUGAAGAAGCUGCAGACGGCGCUCAGUGCCUGCGAGAUGAGUGAGGAGGAGCAGGAGGAGAAGGCCAGGCAGCAGCGGCAGAUUGCCAAACGUACAACAACAGCCACAACUGCCGUAACGAGUAGUACCACCAAAGACCCAACCACAACAACAAUACCGACAAAAGCAGCGAGGGCCACGACUCUGAGCACCGUGGACGAGAGGCCCGACAGCAAGCUGGUGCGGCAGAGAGUGGCCCUGCAGCAGCAGCGACAGCAGCCACAGCAGCAGCAGCAGGUGAAACAAGAGCAACACCCGGCACAGCAAGUCAGCAAGUCGCAAUCGCUAUCCUCUUCGUCCACGGUCAAGGAUUCGCUGGAUGGGAUGGUCGUUGUAGAGGAAACCUCGCUGAUAGACGCCACCAGUGUUGCCACGGGCACAGUUCCAGUUCCAGCUGCAGCUCCUGUUUCAGUUGCUGCAUCAGCGCCUGCCCCCUUGCCGAGCAGCUGCAGUACGGGAGCCAUACCCAGACUCAAAACCAACAACAGUGUAUCAUUCACCUCCAGUCAAGCCACGCGGCCGGGCAUCUCGACGGGCGCCACGCCCAAGACAACGCCCACCAGCGCCCGGCUGCCCACCUCGCAGUCACAUCCAACGAGCUAUGAUCUACCCCCCGCCCUGCCGCACACCUAUUCCGCAUCAGCGACUGUCCGCGGACCCCUAGGCAUGUCCAUGAGCACGUCAACCUACGCAAUGCCCACCAGCAAAGUGGGUCCAUUAGCCGCAGCCGCAGCCGCAUCCGCAACCUCAUCCGCAUACGCGGCCAUGCCGCCCACCACGACAACGAUCAGCCUGCUGCCGCUGCCGGCGCCACCGACAAUGGCCACGGCGAUGCACAGUAUCCCAGGCCAGGUGCCGGAGGGAGGCACCAACACCACCACCACCACGCACACCGCGAGUCUGAGUCUGAGCUUAAUGCAGCCAACGCCGAUGCGGCCGUCAUCGGCGUCGAGCAUGGCCAUGUCCACGUCGUCGUUUAGCACGGAAAACAAAUCACACCCGUCAUCCGCAAGCACAACAAGGGGGCGUGGCGGCCAGCUCCUUGCGCCGCCAAAAGCGUUGACAUCUACAUCUACGGCAUCGACAUCGACAUCGAGUAAAUGUGAGCCGGAAUUGGUGCUCAGUCCGGCGAAGCUGGGCCAGUAGAGUAGAAUUGUGAGGCUUAGUAAUGAUCGAUAUUAGUUAGCUACCAGGUGUACGAGUGUGUGUGCGUGUGUGUCCGAGUGUAUAUGCAUGUGUAUGUGUGUACGUCUAGGUUCUAUUCUGUGUGAAUGCGUUAGUGUAUCUGUGUGCUAGAGCUGUCUGCAUGAGUGUGCGAGAUUGAGGGAGAAGCAAAUGUAAUUACUUAUGUACUCUAGAACUAUCUUUUGAAUGUGCCACAAGAAGAACUAAAAACAAAAACCACACACGAAUAUUCAACUAAAAGUCAUGCUUUGAAUUCGAAACACUCUGAAAUUGGGAAUCAAACUCAAGUCAAUCGCAAACCUGGUAUCCCAUCGGGCUUCUGGAAUAUAUGUAUGUACAGAUGCUCGUAAUUCAGAAUUCGAAUUCAGAACACGGCUUGAUAUGCAAUAUGUAUCUCCUGUUCAACCAGAAACAGCUUUCGGUGUCUAAAUCCUACACAUUUCCCCCGAGGCUUUCUUCUUUUAUAAUUCGCCGUCCCGUUUGUUUUCUGUUUUUCUAUGUCAACCCGUUGCAUGUAUCCCCAUGUGUCUGUGGCAACAAGCUUUUCCUUUCCAAUGUCCGUCGUGUUCCCCAUGCUUGACGUGGCCCAGAACAAAAUUUGCCAACCCGCGCUGUCCUAAACUAUCCCCAAACUUAGCCAGGGUAUUAUAAAGUUUGUAUACCAAACAUAUCGUUAACUCAAUACGCGAAACAUAAAUAAUACGAAAUAAAAUACAUAUAUAAUUCGAGGAGAAAAGUGAGCGGAGAAAGACGUCGCAUCUAAGCAGAUAACAAGGAAAGAACACAGAGUAUAGAGCUAUGAAACUAUAAAACUAAUUAGAUAUGUAUCCCAAAUUGGAAUGGCGAUGCAAGUACGGUAUGUAACGCAGAUAAAGGCGGCUAUAUGUUCCAACAAUGCCAGGCAUUUGGAUAUGUGUAUUCAAUAAAACCCAAACCGAAACCCAGAGAGUUCAAAAAGUAUUAAGCAAUGCUGUCUGCAUAAUAAAGCAAAGCAGGAAAUAAUCAAAACACAGUCGGUGCAACCAAUUACAAAUUAAAACAAAAUUAAUUCUGCAUUCAUUUUUGGUUCCGAAAAAUGUUUUCCAUUUCAAGCAAUUUAAAAAAAACAGUUUUGGUAUUCACAUUUCGACUUUUUUCGUUUUUUGAGGCUAUUGAGAAAUUCAGUGUGAAAUAAUUGCUUGCUCUUUCAGCUGCUAAAGGUACGAAAUAAAAAAUAUAAAAUAAGCAGACUACAAUAGACACAAAUGUGGCCAUAAAAUAUAAAAAAACAAACAAAGAAACAAAACAAAACAAAACGAAAGAAUCAAUGUUUAACAUAUUGUGUAUGAGGCAUGUAUUGUACAGCAACCAAAGCAGCAGCAGACUUAGAAAAUUAUAAACAAAAUUUAUGAAUUAGUGUGUAUGUAUUCUAUAUGUGCAGAAAUAAAAAGAA